UGAUCUGACUAUUCGGCAGGGGUCACAGCACCCAGUCCCAUGCCGAUAAACUCAGGCUCAGCGAAGUGGCAUACUCGCACGAAAGCAAAUGGACGAUGCAUGGCGGAAUUCCGCGGAUGAAGGAUUCCGUCAGUUGUAAUGCGGAAGCCUAUUUUGCGGCUUCGCUCUCGUGGCCGCGGAGCGCUUCGGGAGCGCGAGAGGAGAAGUAUGCCGUCAUACACUGCCCAUACCGUACAUACAUACCGGUACGGGCUGCCUGGAUGGAAGCGCGUUGGAAUCUGCGCCUCGGCAGAAUUCCCAUUGCCAACUGACUCCGGUAGUCCUAUCACUAUCGCGCUGGCACGUCCUUGGAGAUUCCGUACUAUUAUCGUUGAGAAAUCAGAUAUAUCGCUCAACCACCGUCCUCCCUCAGACCCGGUGGGUUACGGCUCUGCAACAUCUCGCCCGACUUGCCACUUACGCCGACGUUCCAAGGAACAGGCGCCCACAGUUUCUCGCGCCGGUUAGCAUCCCAGCAAGACGCCUUUCCCGACGGGGUAAGACCAGCAUGAUGCAUCC